AUCCCAACCGUUAUUACUAUUCACAGGCUAGCGCCAAGGAACCCAAGACCCCCAUUUCGAACCUCUCUCUGAACGCACAGAACAUCCGUUCUUCUUCUUCUUCUUUUGGGCUUUUGUUCUAGCUAAAAUCGGGUUUAGUCGUUUUGAAUUCCAAGCUUUCAUUUUGGGUUAAUUCGUCAGAUUGCAUUUCGCUUUGACUCCGACUCACUCUCUCUUGGGGGGCGUUGGCCAGAUUUUACCUUCGUUGGGUUGGCAAGAGGUCGCCAACUUAUUGUGACCGCCUGCGGGUGUAAUUUAGAUAUCGAUUUAAACCCAACUUAAGCGCUAUCGAUUGUUGAGGCAAAAAGGGGGAAGAAAAAACAGCGCGCCCCUCCAGGUUGUUUUUCCUCCGGCCAGCUACGAGGAGGUAGACUCGUAGUAUCCGUUGUACCAAGAGGAUCGUUCAACGUAGCGCUCCUGUUCUAGCGUCGUCUGAUCACACUCCGGCGGUCAAAUUUUUCGACACCAUUUCCAGCCAGUGGUUGACAUCACAAAAUCUUUGUUUAGAUUUUCUUCGUCUUCAAGAUGGUGGACGAUGGAAGAAAAGUGGAUCAUCCAGAUCAAGGGAUUCUUGAAACAACAACGACGGCCACUGUCAAUCCCAGUUUGAAGUUGAAAAUAAAUUUACGGGACAGACAAGCCAUCCGUAAACGCCACCGCAGUUCAUCACCGACCAACAGCAGCGAUUCUUCAUCUACACAUGGAUCAACUCGAUCAUCAAGUCGCCAUCAUAGUUCAGUUAGUGCCGGUAGCAUUAGGGCGUCCUCGCUGAAACGAAACCGCAAAGACAACCACCAACGGCGUCAUGCGGAUGCGGACGAACCCUCAACCCAAACAGAAGAUACUCCGCCCCCUUCCUCUAAUGUAGGAUCUCCAACGGUAAAGACAAUGGCGUCCGAAACAGAUGGCAGUAGACACAAUGAAACGAGAAAAGUUCGGGUGAAUUCUGGAUUGACGGGAUCUGUUGCGACGAAUAGUAGCGAACGAAAAUCUAAAUCCAAGGGAUCACCUGAGUCGGUAAUGAGUAGUAUACUACUUGUAGAUAUGAACGGCGAAAGCACAAGCCCGAUCGUUGAAAGCCAAAUUGUCGAUCCAUCUGGCAGUCCGCCAGAAUCGCCAUUGCUUGUUGAAGAGGAUAAAUCUGAAAUUGUAAUGAAAAGUUUAACUCUUGAAGCUAAAGUUGGAAAUACUGCUGGCGAAAUCGUUAAGCGACUGACACGAGAGGAACUGGAACGAUUGGUGAUGGAACAAAUGUGUUUGGCUAUCCGUGAACGCGGUGUUACUGGAGAACUGGAACGUAAAUUAGAAGCAGCCGAUGCACAGCUCGAACGAUAUCGCCGUCGUUCGGAAGCUCUUCACAAACAGGUAUCAGAUUUGGAACUGGUAGUUCGAAGGUUCGUGUCACAGCAAUCGAAAAAUCGCAAUCAAGUAAUCGCUCCGCCCAUGAAAAUGACGCGUUCCGUUGGUUUACAAAUCAAUUUAUCUUCUCAUCCUAGUAUUGCACACCAGAUUGCUGCAUUGAAGAAAACGACUGAAAGUUCUAAGCCUGCCGUUUCGAUUGUUCCUUCUCUUACAAUCAAAUCGCCAACUCAUCCUUCGCAAUCGGUAGCCACGUCGACUGGAUCGACCAUGACCUCUCCAAAUUCAGCCGCUAAUAGUUUGGCUCGCGUACCCAUACCACCCAGCUUCACCAUGCAAUCUCCGGAUAUCGCCUCUUACGUGCCACAACAAGCUGUACCACGUUAUAGAGCAGCUCCUACCAGAAGAUCGGAUGAACCACCAAACUCAUCCAAGAUUGCUACAUAUGUCAACAUUGGAGGCUUGAAAUCUAUUCCUGGUGGCGCCAGUGUCGCUAGUAAAUUACUAAAGAACUCGGUCAACAUCACACCGGUGAUUCCGUUGGCUACCAAACAGCAACCGAAUCAAGUCAAUCCUAAUCCUGGUACGGCAGCCGUGCUUGUCCGGGCUCGGUCAGCCACUACUGGAGAUCCAACUAGCACAACGUCCGCUCCACCGUCAAUUCCGGCUUCUGUUCCAAUGGCUCGCUGGUCCAAAGUGCCCGCCUCUCGAGCUACCACAGUUAACAAGGUGACUCUUCCUGGACGCUUGCCCAACGUUAUUGACCUGACGGAUGAAGAUUUGGAGAAGGAAAGAGCAGCUGCUGCCGCCGGUCGACUUGUCGUUCCUAGACAAAUGCCCAAAGCCACUUCUGCGACUGUACCAAACGGAAUUCCUAGUGGGAUGCCUAAUGGAGUGGCUCGCGGGGUUGCGCUCAAAUCCACGACGUUGAACGGUCGCUCCCCGGUAACAACAUCGAAAUCAAAUGGAAAUUCACCACCCGCCGGUACAAUUACUAGAACACAUCCAGCGCCUCUGCCACCUCCUCCUGUCGGACCACUAAAUCCAGCAUGGAAGGCUAUUGCGCCCAAGCCAACUGUCGACAUUAAACGAGUUGCGAAUGGAAUUGUUUUGUCUUGGACGAUGCAUGGAAACCUGUCUAACCAUGCAGAUAUAGCAUCAUAUCAGUUGUUUGCCUACCAAGAAGGUGCAAAUGAUGACUGGAGCGCAAGCGUAUGGAAAAGGGUGGGAGACGUCAAGGCUCUGCCUUUACCCAUGGCCUGUACUCUAACCCAGUUCCUCGAGGGCCAUCGCUAUCAUUUCGCCGUACGAGCCAUGGACGUCCACGGUCGUUAUGGACCGUAUAGCGAGCCAGGAACCAUAUUUUUGAAUUGACAUUUCAUUGGUAGAGUUGAAUUGAAAUGUGUAAAUUUCCCUUAUUUUGUGUGAAGUUCUUUCUUAAGGUUGUUGACUUUUUUCGUCUUCAGAAUUCUGACGAAUUUUCUGCCUGUAUCCUGACUUUUCGGCAUUUUUCAGUUCUUUGUAUUGCAGUCGGGUUUUUUUGUUUCAAAUAAAUAAAAUAUACCAGUUUGCACGUAA